UUAGAGUAUUAAAAGCACUAAUUGGUGGAGUACAUAAAUUUGCGCUUCUUAUUUCAUAAUAAUUUAUUUCCAUCCCCUUAUAUUUAUUUUAUUCGUAGCCCAUUUUUCUUUCUUUCCUCGCUCUCUGUAUCCAGUGUUUCCAAACAAUGGAGUCCGUCGAUCUACAGGAAACCGCUAUUGCCGCAGCCAACGCCAACUACAUUGACCAUGGCUGGCAAAAGGUGUCAUAUCCCAAACGCCAACGCAAGACUAAGCCCAACGUCGAUCCCUCAAAGCCUAACCUUGCACGCCCUAACGGAACCCUAACUAACGGCGCACCUAACGUUUUCCAUUCCCUCGAGCAACAGUCCGAGGAUCGCCGCCGUCGGAUCCUCGAUGCUCAAAGAGCUUACGCUGCUGCCGCUGCUGCCGCUGAUGCCAAUGCUAAGGCUAGGCAUAAUAGAUCGGACCUCGAUGACGAUGAUGACGACGAUAGCAGUGACCCAGAAGGCGUUAAACCUAACGGAAAGCCAGCAGAGGAGGAAAAGAAGGUGAAGCAAAAGAAGCCGAAGAAGCCUAAGGUUACGGUCGCGGAAGCCGCCGCGAAGAUCGAUCCCGCUGAUCUAUUGGCUUAUCUCGCUGAAUUGAAUGGGGAACAGCCAGAAAUUCAAAUACAGAAGUUUGCGAAUUAUUAUGGUAAGGCAUUUCAGGAAGUGGUAGCGGGACAAUUUCCUUGGAUGAAGAUGUUCAGGGAAAGUACCAUUAUCAAGCUUGCUGAUAUACCUCUUUUGCAUAUUUCUGAUGCUGUUUAUAAGACAUCAGCCGAUUGGAUCAGCCAACAAUCCCUUGAGGCACUUGGUUUCUUCAUAUUAUGGUCUUUAGACAUCAUUCUUGAGGACUUUGUGGCCCAGCAAGCAAGUGCUAAGGGCUCCAAAAAAGGUGUGCAACAGAUGUCAUCAAAGUCUAAGGUUGGAAUAUUUGUGGCAUUAGCAAUGGUUUUGCGGCGUAAACCUGAUGCCUUAAUUAGUGUAUUACCGAAGCUAAGAGAAAAUUUGAAAUAUCAAGGACAAGAUAAGCUCCCUGUUAUUUUGUGGAUGAUGCUUCAGGCGUCCCAAGGAGAUCUUGCUGUGGGCCUGUAUUUGUGGGCACAUCACCUCUUGCCUACCAUUGGUGCCAAAAACUGUAAUCCACAGUCCAGGGAUCUAAUUUUACAGCUAGUGGAAUGGAUCUUAUCUGCAUCAAAAGCUAGGUCAAUUUUAGUAAACGCUGCUGUUAGAAAAGGGGAACGUUUGGUACCACCAUCUUCGUUUGAGAUACUGAUGCAUGUUACCUUCCCUGCAUCUUCAGCUAGAGUAAAGGCAACUGAACGGUUUGAGGCCAUAUAUCCCACACUAAAGGAAGUGGCUCUUGCUGGUUCUCAUGGAAGCAAAGCGAUGAGACAAGUAUCUCAGCAGAUAUUCAACUUUGCAGUCAAAGCGGCAGGAGAAAGCUCACGUGAGUUAUCCAAAGAAGCAGCUGGAACAGUUUUAUGGUGUUUGAACCAGAAUGCUGACUGCUACAGGCAGUGGGAGAAGGUUUACCUUGACAAUCUAGAAGCCAGUGCUGCUGUUCUUAAAAGACUUUCGGAGGAAUGGAAAGAACACUCUGUAAAAUUUGUUACUCUUGACCCUUUGAGGGAAACCAUCAAGAAUUUCAUGAAGAAGAAUGAAAAUGCAAUGAGCAGUGGAGCCGAUGCUCCUAGACAGGCACUGCUUCAGGAUGCAGACAAGUAUUGUAAGCAUAUAUCUGGGAAGCUAUCGCGAGGCCAUGGGUGCAUGAAAACUUUGGCCUUUGUUGUCGUUGCAUUUGCUAUAGGUGCUGCUGUCGUAUCUCCCAACGCGGACGCCUGGGACUGGAACAAGCUGUCUCUAGUUUUCAGCUCUUAACAAUCUGCCCAUCUAAAGACUUUGUUUUUAGGGACUUCUUUCCUCAGUUAAGAGUUUUUUAAUCUAGAGUUUCUAACUGGAAAAGGAAAAAAGAAAAACAAAAUGUUUUUUUAAUAUUGGGGUUUAGGAGUAUGGUAUCAGAAUGCAGGCUGCUGUCUUAAAGAAGCGAAGAAGCCUAAGGAAGAGGAAAAUCAGUCACGCAAUGAGUUUGUUUACUUACUACAAUUACAUGUAUUUCAGGUAAUUUAUUCGCAUGAC